UGUGCCGAGUGGUGGGAGACAAGGCGGCGGUAAUGUUGCCGCCUGCGUAAACAACGCCGAGGAGGCCUCGGCGCUUGAGGCCCCAGCAAGCGCGGAGGAUAGUCCGGCUGGGGUCGUGACUUCGGGCGCUUGCCCGGCCAUGGUGGCUGCAGGCGGUGGUUGGCGCGGUAGCGCUUGGUGCCGGGGUCGUGCGGGGCCCGGGCAGUCGCGGCGCUGACGCCCGUGGGUCCCAGCCGCUGAUAUGAAGCGGAGCCGCUGCCGUGACCGUCCGCAGCCGCCGCCGGCCGCCCGCCGGGAGGAUGGGGUUUUGCGGGCGGCGGAGCUGCCCCAGCUCCAGCCCUUGUCCCCGCGCCGGCGAGCGCCGCCCGGGAGGCAGCGGAUGGAGGAGCGGACCGGGCUAGCGGGGCCGGAGGGCAAAGAGCAGGAUGUGGUAACUGGGCUUAGUCCCCUACUCUUCAGGAAGCUCAGUAAUCCUGACAUACUUUCAUCCACUGGAAAAGCUAAACUCCAACGACAGCUUAGUCAGGAUGACUGUAAGUUACGGAGAGGAAGUCUGGCCAGUUCUCUGUCAGGCAGCUAACUGGCAACUCUGAAGAAGGUGUCUGAUGAACUCUUCAGGAAAGUGGUGACUUCGAUUAACUCCUCAGGAAAUGCUUCGCUGGUUAGCUGAAGAAGAAGUGAAGGCCCUUUAACUUUCUGGCUUA